AUGGGAGGCGAAAACGGCACUGAUGACAAAGGAGUACCGUUACAAAAUGGCGCCGAGCACUUAACGGCUGAGUCAUUUCGGGUUGGCGUCAAGGUGCCACCGUUUUAUCCGGACAAACCUGCGCUAUGGUUUGCGCAGCUGGAAGGACAAUUUCGAUUAUCCCGAGUGACAACUGAUGAGACCAAAUUUUAUUAUGCCAUGGCGCAACUUGAACCUCAAUAUGCGGCGGAGGUUGAAGAUAUUAUUACGUCACCACCAGAAGAUGACAAGUACGGCAAACUUAAGUCGGAGCUGAUUAAGCGCCUUUCUGCGUCACGGGAGAGGAAGGUACAGCAGGUCCUGAACCUUGAGGAGUUAGGAGAUAGGAAGCCUUCACAGUUUCUUCGGCACCUUCAGAACCUGGCAGGACCUGGGCUACCCGAGGACUUCCUGCGGUCCAUCUGGGUCAACCGGCUACCGAAGCGGACGCAGGAUAUUGUCGCGUCGCAACUUAAAUCAUCUCUGGAGGACUUGGCGGAGCUCGCCGAUCGCCUUCAUGACGUCGUCACGCCCGCCCCGCAGGUGGCAGCAGCAGCGCUACCCUCCACGUCGUCGGAACCCCUGAUGCUGCAGAUUGCGGAACUGAGCAGGCGGAUGCAGGCGCUGGAUGCUAAGGUCGGUAGACUGUCCCGGCCCAGAGGAAGGUCGUCGAGUCACACCAGGCAGCGUUCAGCGUCCAAGAGGUCCAACUCCAACUACCGGAAGUUCCCCACCUGCUGGUACCAUCACAAGUUCGGAGAGCAGGCUAAGCGGUGCAUCAAGCCUUGUGAUUACCAGUCGGGAAAUGCAUCGGGCAGUCGGUGA